AUGGCGGGCGGAGCGCGGAUGCUGACCUGUGCUUGGCAAUCGGCUCAGUUGGUGGAAAAUUGUCCCGCCACGAGGCCGAUUUAUUUGAACGCAGGUGCAAAGGGUCACCGCUUGGGAAACAGUGAGGGUAGUGUACUAAUCCCGUGGUAUAUAUUUAAUGCAUGGUCCCAAACCAGAUGUAAACAGUCAGAAGCUGGAUCGAUUCCGACGUGUCGAGCGUCCCGCGAACUACUGGUUGACAGCGCUCCUCGUCAACCGUAUCCUCGAGCAGCGUCGGCAGAGCCCAUGGCGUCGACGGCGCGAUCGAUCGCGCGCCCCCGCGCCGCGCCGACGCGAUGCCACGGCCGGACGCGCGGUACUCGCCCGGUCGCCUCCCCGCGCGCGUCGUCGUCGGCGUCGUCGCCUCCGUCCAGCGCGGCGGCGGUCGGAGCGCGCGUGGACGCCUACUACCAAUGGUCGAGGUUCCCCGGGCGCGUGCACUACGAGCGCUCAGGGGACCCGGCGACGUGCAAGCGGCACGUGCUGCUGCUGCACGGUUUCGGCGUCGGAACGUUCCACUACGACGCGCAGCUCCGCGACCUCGCCGACGACGACACGUGCGUCUGGGCGCUCGACUACUGCGGCCAAGGAUCGUCCUGGCCAACCGCGAGCUCCCCAGACGACGACGCCAUCGCCGGGUUCCAAUACGGCGCCGACACGUGGAGGGAUCAGAUCGAGCACUUCGUCGAGACGAUCGUGGGCGCCCCGGAACACCUGUACGUCGCGGGCAACAGCUUGGGCGGCUACCUGGCGGUCUACCUCGCGGCGACCAGGCCCGAUCUCGUCGCCGGUCUCUUCCUGCUCAACGCAACGCCGUUUUGGGGCUUCAACCCGAGCGACCCGGACGACGGGUCUGCGCUGGGUAAGUUAGCGCCGUGGCGCGGGGCGCUCCCGACGCCGCGUUGGAUCCGCGCCCCACUCAGAACGUACUGGGACUCGUUCCGGUCGGUAGAGAACGUCCGCGGGUUGCUGGGGCUGGUGUACGGCGCGGGUGGACGGGAGAGGUUGGACGAUGAAUUGGUGGCAAACAUCGUGGCGCCGACCGAGAACCCGCACGCGCUCGACGCGUUCUGCUCCGUCGUCUGGUCCCCGAAAUCGGCCCUCGGGUUCGACGACAUGCUUGUCGCGGUGAACGAAGAGACGAAACGUGGGCGGAUGCGCGUCGCGAUGCUGUACGGCCGGGACGAUCCGUGGGUGGUGCCGCUGUGGGGGCAGCGAUUGAAAAGAGCCGUGCGCGACGCGGAUUACUACGAACUGGGCGGCACGGGGCACUGCCCCGCGCACGAGUCGCCUAAGACGGUGAACGACAUAAUGCGACGGUACAUGCGGUGGCACGGCGGGGAGGGGGACAAGCCGGAGUUGAGCGCGGACGGGGUCGGGUCCCUCAUCGACGGGAAAGCUCGGAACCCGUUUGAAAAGUUCGACGAGUGGAGAUACAAUAGGGGGGUUCAAUAGGUGAGUAUGGUGAGCAUGAGUUGAAGGUUUACUCGUGACGUUUAUGUAAAACAAUACCGCAUUUAUAUAUU